AUGGCCUCUCACUUCUAUGCAAUGCUCAAUAUGGCUGGCAUCAACGCGUAUAUUAUACACAGGUCUAACACGCAGACUAAUCAGAAGCGUCGCCAUUUUAUAAAAGCAUUAGGCCGAUUGCUUGUUACUGAACACUUGAAACGCCGCAAAGAAACAGUUCAAUUGCCGAGACAGCUACGCAAGAGAAUCAGAGAAUUCAUCGGAGAACCUGAACAAGAAGCACCUAUUAGGGUUCCAGGUGUACGAAAAAGGUGCCAAGUAUGUCCUUAUGCCCGCCAUCGCAAGACAGCCAAUGUUUGUGAAGAUUGCCAUAAGUAUAUUUGUCCAGAACACACUAUUUCAUUCUGCCGGGAUUGUGCUACAAUCACAGACAAUAAUGAUUUGUAG